CUCCAAUUGUACAGGGUUGUUCUGACAGACAUUGUUGCUACGAUGCCUUCUGGGCAAGUUCGAAGGUUCAAGUGUUUCUUAGACUGCUUCUGAAACCGCAAGCUUGAGGUGGGCAGGGGUCGGAAGCACUAAAUAGGAAUACAUACAUGACUGUGCGAUCGAUGAGAGACUUCGAGUUGCCGUGAUCGAUUCCACCGGUCCGGUAAGUUACCAAAUUUGGUAAUGACUUGCCUGAGGUAUUCGAGCUCAGGACUAUUCUUGAGACCAGCGUUCGACGCCCGAGUGGUUCGAGGCGUUAUGCUCGCUUCGUAUCGGCAAGGCCCUUUACACACUAUGCUCGCCAUAAGAUGCCACUUGUGGCAGCGGUCAAUGAGGUUGGCUGUCACUCGUGAACCCCCGGCGUUCCAGAGGCCGCCAUCUGGGAAUUCCUUCUCAACGGCUUUAUUUGGGCCGGAUGUGUCGCGUAUAUAUUCUUAUAAAGUCUUUAGUGCGAUCGCUGUGACCGCCAUUGUCAGUGGGGGAGUGGGCUUCUCGCUUUCUAAAUCCUAUAAUAAUCCCUCCAGAAUUGAGUCUCUCUGGGGAGAAAAGUUACGAUUCGGAGGCCCAGAAGACUUCCUGGCAGCUUUGAAGUCAUUGCAGGCGGACUUUCCUGCUUCCCAAUUGUCUCUUGAUCCCAGUGUCUUACAUUUUCAUGGCUUUUCGAGUCACAAUCAUCACCCAGGGACACCACACGGAAUCGUCGUAUACCCGAAGAGCACUGAGGAUGUGGUCCGCAUAGUCAAUGUAUCGCGGGAUCAUCGAAUCCCUAUCGUUCCGUAUGCUGGGGGGACGAGCCUAGAAGGGCACACGGCUGGAGUAAGCGCUCCUUCAUCAAAUGAUGUGAUGUCCCAGAAACGAUCCCUUCCAAGUCUACCGAUUCUUCUGGAAAUUUGAUUGCUUCCGGGGGCAUAUGCGUGGACAUGUCUGAUAUGGAUCAAGUUCUUGAAGUUCAUGAGGAAGACGCAGACAUGGUGUGCCAGGCAGGGGCCACCUGGGAUGGUAUCAAUCAAUUCUUGUCUGAUGCAGGCAUUCCACUCUUCUUUCCUGUAAGAUCUGGUCAA